UGGAGAGCCGCUUCUUCGAGAUUCCUCUGUGAGAACUUCAACUUGUUUUUUGACCUUUUGGGAAAAGACCUUGUGAACUAGAGAGGGUGGAGAGAUCACAUGCAAAUAUGAAGACUGGUAUCCUACUUAUGUUCCUGUGGGGGUUAGCCUGUGCCCUCCCAGUUGCCAGGUAUCAGAAUACUGAAUCCGAGAGCUCAGAAGAGUGGAUGGGCGGUUUGGCUCAGUCACCACCACCCCCCACGAACAGUGAGUCAUCAGACGAGACUAAAGUUAGCUCAGAGGAACAGGCGAACGAUGACCCCAGCGACAGCACUGAGUCUGAAGAGGAUGUGGACUCUGACGGUGACCAGCAUGCUUACAGACCCGCGGGUGGUCUCUCUAAGAGUGUGGGGACAGAAGCUGAUAAGGAAGAUGACGAAGAUGACAGUGGAGACGACACCUUUGGUGACGAGGACAACGGCCCAGGACCUGAAUGGGGAGGACGCUCCAGACCGGACAGUGAUGAGGACUCGGCAGACACCACACAAUCCAGUGAAGACUCUCAAGAAGACCAUGCCCAGGAUGCCCCCAGUGACAGCAGGGACCGUGAGGAUGAGGCAGACAGCCGGCCUGAGGCCGGUGACUCCACUCAGGCCAGCGAGAGCGAGGAACAUUGGGUAGGAGGGGGCAGUGAGGGGGAGAGCAGCCAUGGGGACGGCUCUGAGUUUGAUGAUGAGGAAGGGAUGCUGAGUGAUGACCCCGAGGGUACCAGGAGCGACCGGGGCCACACCAGGAUGAGCAGCGCUGGCAUCAGGUCAAAAGAAUCCAAAGGGGACCAGGAGCUCACGAGCGCUCGGGAUCCGGACGACAGCCAGUCUGUGGAAUUGUCCAGCAGUAAGUCCUUCAGAAGGUCCCAGGUCUCCGAGGAAGAUGACAGAGGUGAGCUCCCAGACAGCAGGAGCAGGGAAACCCAGAGUGACUCCACAGAGGACACCGUCUCCAAGGAGGACACAGCCGAGAGCCGGUCCCAGGAAGACAGUCCAGAGGGACAAGACACCAGCAGUGAGUCCAGUGAGGAGGCCGGUGGGCCGUCCCAGGAAAGCAGCAGUGAGUCUCAGGAGGGGGUGGCCGGCGAGCCCAGGGGUGACAACCCAGAUUACACCAGUCAGGCGGGCGACCGAGACGACAGCAGCGAGUCCAGUGAGGAGGACAGCCUGAACACACUCUCCAGCUCCGAGAGCCGGUCCACGGAGGAGCAAGCCGACAGCCAGUCCAGCGAGAGCCUCGGACUGUCGGAGGAGAGUCAGGAGUCGGCCCAGGAUGGGGACAGCUCCAGCCAGGAAGGCCUGCAGUCCCAGAGCGCAUCAGGGGAGAGCAGGAGCCAGGAGAGCCAGUCUGAGCAGGAGGAGAGUGACAGUGACUCCCGGGACAGCAGCAGGUCCAAAGAGGACAGCAACUCUACAGAGAGCACAUCGAGCAGUGAGGAAGACCGCCACCCCAAAAACAUGGAGGCAGACGGCAGGAAACUCACAGUCGAUGCGUACCACAACAAACCCAUCGGGGACCAGGAUGACAAUGAUUGCCAAGACGGCUACUAGCCUCAGCCUGACCCAGGAAGGGCUCUCACAGGAGGGGGUCUUGGGGGCCAAGAGGAGGGAGUUCGCUGCAACUGUAACUUAUGGUUUGAUCAGACGUAAAGCCAGGACCUUUUCUUUCUGUGAGGAAUGGCUCACGUUACUCUGUUUCCUAGGGAGUUGAAGUAAUGUCGGAACACGAUGUAGGAACACACACAGGGAGAGUGAACAAAGGAAGGUGUGCUCGCAGUGGCCUCACAGAUGGAGUUGCCCUGACUCACUCACCCGACAGUUACUGGGGUUCUGUGAAGCACCAGGCACAGCACUAGGGGCUGGGGACGGGUGGGUGUUUCAGGCUACUUUGCUCCCGAGGAGCCUAUAGAGAGACAGGCAAAACGGAAACAUUAAAGAGCACCAGUGAAGGGGGCCCAUGCCAUGGCAGAGGUCUGCAGAGAAUGUGUGGGGCACAGCAAGGGGGACCAGCUUCGCCCUGGAGAACUAGAGGGUUUCACGGCCGCAAAGCCUGAGUUGGAGGGUUCCAUAGAAUCUCUCAGCUGAAGACAAUAUAAAUUCUAUUUAUUCUUGAGGGAAACAGUAUUAAAUCUUAUUCAAUCAAUGUUUAGCUUGUAAAGGAGUUCUCAAGCCAUGGCACAAUGGGUUAUCUUGGAUAAAUAUUUUUUUUUCCCCAAUUCAUUUACCCCAUUCAGUGCUUUUGUGGACCUUCUGUAAACACUGCCUUAUUGAUGAUGAUAUGGAUAAUUUGGUGGGGAGAUAGGAGAAAAAAAUAAUUUUAACAAGGUUGUAUAGCUUUAUUUUUUUCCCCAAACUAUCCAGAGUCUUUUACAUGUGUUGCACAUAGCAACAUUCUGUACAUAGGACUCGACUGUUUUUUGUUUUUUUGUAAUUUUUUUUUGUCAAGU